AUGACAGAGGGACGUAUGUGCCAAGUUCAGCUUCUGGACAACAGAAAACUGGAGCUGCUGGUUCAGCCGAAGCUGUUGUCCCGUGAACUUCUGGAUUUAGUCUCAUCUCACUUCAACCUGAAAGAGAAAGAGUACUUUGGAUUCACUUUCGUUGAUGACACGGGACAGUGUAGAUGGCUGCAGUUGGACCGCAGAGUAUUGGAACAUGACUUUUCCAAGAAGACUGGACCCAUCGCCCUUAACUUCCUGGUUAGGUUUUACAUCGAGACCAUUUCUCUGCUGAAAGAGCACACGACAGUGGAGCUGUUCUUCCUCAAUGCUAAAACUGCCGUCUACAAUGGUGACAUUGAGGUGGAGAGUGAAAUGGUUUUUAAAUUGGCUGCUCAUGCUCUGCAGGAAGCUAAAGGAGAUUAUACAAGUGAUGAGGCCACCAGAGAGGAGUUAAAGAAACUGCCAACUCUGCCAACCAAAGUGCUGAAGGAGCACCCGUCUCUGGCAUACUGUGAGGACAGAGUGAUUGAGCAAUAUAAGCUGCUGAAGGGUGUGUCGAGAGGACAGGCCAUCGUACAGUAUUUAACGCUGGUCGAGUUGCUGCCUACCUACGGAGUGCACUAUUAUGAAGUGAAGGAUAAACAGGGCAUGCCAUGGUGGCUCGGGAUCAGCUACAAAGGAAUCGGUCAAUAUGACAUCCAGGACAAAGUUAAACCCCGACGGUUGUUCCAGUGGAAGCAGUUGGAGAAUCUGUACUUCAGAGAGAAGAAGUUUGCAGUAGAAGUGAACGAUCCACACAGGCGAGCAGUGACUAAGCGUACGUUCGGACAGACGGGUUUAGUGAUCUAUACAUGGUAUGCUAAUCACUCUUUGAUCAAAACCAUCUGGGUGAUGGCCAUCAGUCAGCAUCAGUUCUACCUCGAUCGAAAACAGAGCAAGGCUAAAAUGACCGCAGCUAGAAGUUUAGGAGACAUCGCUGUGGAUCUGACGGAAAACGGAGCCACAAAAACCACUAAAAUUAGUGUCGGGACCAAAAAUCAGCUCAUCAUGGCCAGUAACGGGAGCCUCGUCUCAACUGGUUCUGCAGACUCAGAGAUGAAUGAUGAGCAGAAAAAAGAGAAGCUGGCUGAAUUAAGGGUGAAGGAGAAAGAAAUCCAAGACGUCCUGAGCCAGAAAAUGGCCGAGCUGAAGGAGAUAUGUCUGAGGGAAGCGGAGCUGACUGGUAAACUCCCUAAAGAGUACCCGAUGAGUGCGGGUGAGAAACCUCCUGGCAUCAGGAGGAGAAUCGGCACAUCUUUCAAACUGGACGACCUUUUCCCAUAUAACGAGGAUCCGUACCUGAGGAACCUGGAGAGUCGUUUUGCUCUGCAGCGGAAGAUUGUGGAGGCGGCGAAAAAGCUGGCGUCGGAACCGGAUAUCGGCAAAACAGUGAAGAAGAAGCGGAGGAGGAACUGCCUGGAUGCCAUGCAGAAACUUCAGGAGAUUGAGGACGAGAUGAACCGCUACCGUGUGAAGAAGGGCAAGAGACCCACGCAGAGAGCCUCACGGAUCAUCGCUGAAGAACUGGGUCAGUCAGAAUGCAGCUCCCUUUCUGACAGCCUUCCUCUGGAUGACAAUGAUGUUAGAGAGCAGCGGCGAUCUCGCUCCUUGCAGUGCUCUCCGUUACUCAGCGCUCCACCUGCGGUCAGCCUGGACUACGAUACACAGAGACGAUCCUCUGAGAGCGACACACACCACGACACGGCGCUGAGCAGACUGGAGCGUGAUGUUCAGUCUGGUUUGUACUACACGUCUCAUGAUGCCUCCUCGGCGAGUAGCAGUCCGUAUAAAACCGUCCCUCGCAGGCAGGCGGAGCUCCAUAACGUUGCACAGACCCUCGCCAUGACUCGUAACGCCUACAGCAGCAGCCAGCUCGGGUCUGAGGGUCCAGCCCACGCGUUUCGGCACCGCAGUGGAAGCCUGGAGUCUCAGUCGAAUUUCCUCUGUUAUUCCGGUUCGGAAAGAUCCGUUUUUCCAGGUCGCCGUAGCAACAGCACCGAGGUCCUGGACGACUGUUCGUCUUGCACAAGUGUGUCCAGCGCCGAUUUUGGUCCUCCAUGUCCUUCCACUCCUCCAUACCUCAUCCCUUCAUCCCUCCAUCACCAACACAGCACGGGCAGCAUGCCAAACUUGGUGCCCCACCAUACACACACACACACUCACACGCACACACACCCUCGUACACCAUACAGCCCUGCUGCUUAUUACGUACCCGGCUAUGCCACUGCUGACUAUGAGCCCUACGCUAAUGCCAAUGCUAAUGGUGCUUAUAUAUAUGAGAACGAACUUGAAGGACACUAUAAUGUCAACCCCUCAUACCAUGCACAUGGGUACCACGGAAACGGGCGCAGCAAAAAUUAUGGGAUGGUGCACAAUCCCUAUGCAACAUUAAGGCCUCCGAGAAGCAGGAAUGAACUUUUGGCUAAAAGCAUGCAGAAAGCAUUAGUUGUAGAGCAUCUGAGAGGCUGGUACAACCGCAACACCGCAGGACGGAGGCCAGUCUACGGCUACGAAUAUGAUCGAGGCUACCAACAUCAUUUGGGCUAUCAAACACUACCAGCUCCAUUCAGUAGAUCCAGCAGGACCAGCUCUUAUUCAUCAGUGUCCUCUACAGCUAGCGGGGGUACGAACUGGCACGCUAAUACAGACUUGGGGCGGAGUGAGAGUGAAGUAGAUGGAGACAUAACACCAACGUCCCAAAAGUCCUUUGCUGGAGCCUACAGUCCCACUCACAGCAGGUUUCCUGCUGAACGCAGUCCUUCCAGACGCGCUGAUUCUCUUCCACACACUUCGGACUGCGGCGAGGUGUUCAGCAUCGAUACAGACCAUUAGAAGCAGCACAACAGGACAGGAGGACCAAAUCACUCCAGCAGCAGUGCAGCACACACGGCUGAACUGACUGCACCGGUUUCCUUCAAAGAGCAGAGAAGGACUUUUUUUUUUAAAUUGUGCCUUGGAAUGAAACAUUAAGUCAGAGGGUUUAAUCAGAGCUUGAUCAUAUGGGGGAAAAUCCUGAUAAACAACAAACUACUGCGUGACAAAAGUUUGGAAGGGUUCAUUUUAAAAACUCGAUCUAAUCCAAGUUUGUUUGGAGAAAUCCGUCCUGAUCCCUGAUGCUCGUGUGAUGGGUUUAACUGGGACUGCAGUACGCUGCACCAUAACAAUCGUUUCUGAACCCGGGCUGCUGGCAGCCAGACAAAGAGAAGGUGGAUGAAAGAGACGAUCGCUGUGUCUCAGAUCUGGAGUUUUUAUUGUGAGCUCUGUGAGAGGUUCAUACGCAGAUGACGUACUAGAACUACCAGGAAAGGAAGUGUGCUCUAAAUUGUGGCUUUCAAAAUGUCCAACGGCACAUGGAGCAAGACAGACGCAAAUCAGGAGGGAAGAUUUUUGGCUGGUCAUUUUUUUUCUUUGCAGAUUCAAUGAUCUGCAAAAUGCCAUUGCUUGGUUAUUUAUCGUCAAACACCCAGGUAUCAGAUAAUCCAGAACAGAAUGUACAGUGUGAGAAUAGUGCAUAGAGCAUCAUUUGAGAACAAACCUGUAAUGAAACCAUCAAUAAAUUUUCUGAUUUUUACAAAAUACUGUACUAGUAAUGUACCAAUUAUCAAAUCUUGUGAAAAGACAAAAUACAAACACAGUAAUAUCGCUUAAGCACUGAUUUACGAUUCAGAAUCCAUCUCAGUACGGAUCUAAAGUGUCUCCAGGUCAAAACAGACAUGCUGAACUUUAAUAUCACCUGUAAUGGUGAUGGAGUUGCCUUGGAAACAUCCUCAGAAGAUAUGGGUUACUUCAGCAGACUCCGCCUCCAGGGACAGCGUCCAUGAUAACAACCCUGUCCUUGGUGAUCAUCACAGGACGUCAUACGAUUCUCCGCAGAGAUUUUGUGUCUUUGGUGAAAAUAAUGAAACCUAUCCAUAUUAAAUGAAGCUGCCUUUUUUACACUUUGUGUUUUAGUCCUAUAGCACUUUUUUAGAAGAAUGAAUGUUACGAUGUCGGGAGAAAUAGCAACGUCCUCUGACUGUCUGGACAAAAGCAAACUGAUGGCUGAAAGGAAAAAACAAACAAACAGACAAAUAUGAAAAUGGUCCAACGCUCUGAGCGCUCAACCGAAUACCAGCAGUUAUGAAACACGAUGUAAUAUUAAUGUAUUACGAUGUAAAAUAGUUCCUCGUAGUUCUCAAACUAGGAACAUUUUAAAAAUCUGUUUUGUUUCUAAACAUCACUGAUCAAAUACAAAGCAGCGCUUGACGGUUGUGCACUCAGACCUUUAGACUCUAAAUGAGCAAUUUUUUUAUUAAUAAUAAUAAUAAUAAUAAUAAUAACGAGGUGAAGCUCGUUCUGUUCUUAAACUCACACACAAUCAGGAAAAAAUAAAGAAUAACAAAAGAAUUGUUGAUGUUUGAAAUUUGAAGAUGUGACAGUGUUCUUUAGCAGGAACUGCAUUACUGAACCGUGAAUUAAUAAAAAGUUACAGUUUUUCCUCAGAAAAAAAAAGUUUCAAUGUUUUAAAAUGAUUUUAUCAUCUUUAUUAAGGAACGCAUGCAAUGCAGAAAUGACCAGGAUGGAUUGAUUUCUAAAUCUUUAGCACGAGUGUUUACACAAUUUGCUAUUCGCGAGAAUCCCGUAAAUUUAAACAGCAUGUUUUUAUUCCAUUCACAGCGCUGAUACAGAGCGACUUAUAGAAGUGCUUUGGAGAGUCCGUGAAAACCUCAUCCUCGUUCACUCGGUCAGGGACUGAGAGGAGCAUCGAGAGCAUUUUGUAAAAACCAGUCAUUUAUAUUUCUGAAAAUACUUUUUUAAAAAUUCAAAAUUAAAUGAAUUAAUUUACAAAUUUUAAUUUAAAAAUACAAUUACUUAAAUUAAAUAAUUAAAAAAAAAUUAAAAAGCGAGCCAACACAAACCUAGAAACUAAGAGAAAUUAAACUAUUCAUUUACUUACGACAAAAGAAAAGGGGCUGUAUAAACAGACGCCAGGCCGGUCUGUUCGCUCGUCGCUCUAACCCAAAAAUAAAAGCUGAUGGAAAAUUUAGUACUUUAUUAUUAUUUUCAGAAAUUUUACUGGUACAGAAGUGAGUCAAAAUAACUUCCACUUCUUUUUCCAGAUGUUACCCUGAUCAUUCAUUUUGUACUCCCAGCUGCACACAUGACCAUUUAUGGAGUCUUGUGGGCGUCACUAAAUGCAAAUGAGCUGCAUCAGGCACAAACUUAGCACUUUAUAGGUGAACAAUACAUGUUAAUAUAAAGAAAAACAGCCUUUCUGAAACUUGUCAAUCCAGCAGGAAUUUUUUAUUCAGUUCGUCUUACGCAAACACAACGUUAUGACAAGAUUUGUAAAGGACACUGAAGGAUGGGACGUCCCUGACGAUGAUGACGCGGCCCGACACACAGCAGACUUCCUGUCACCAGCAGCUCAAGUAGAUACUUUUCCAAUAACAGCAGCACAUCCUUGGAGGAGUGCGCCGUUUAUUCCUAUUUUACCACAAUUAGUCUGCCUAGAAUUACAACUUAUCAUUAUUAAAGGAGGACAAGUUGCUAGAGGAAAUGAACCAGAAUUAAUCAGAUUAGAGAAUUCGAUGGCCAAAUAGUCAUAAAAUUAAUUAAAGAUACCAUUACUAGAAGGGUACUCGUUAGUGUACAUACUUCCACCAAGCCACAUUUUAUCACCAUCAAAUUCAAUUUGCUUGAACCGAGGAUCGUCCUAAAGCUGUCCACCAAAUUUCAUCCAAAUCUGUUCACGACUGUUUGAGUUACGCUGGGAACAGACAAAUAAACGGAGGCGAGAACACGACGACCUCCAACAAACCUGGCAGAGGCUGAUUAGUUAGUUAAUAAAGCAAGAGUAGAAAAGUGAAAAGAAUUAACUUAGUCAUAUUUUAAUUAUUGAUUAAUAGCACUGAUGACGUACGACUUUGUUGUGAAAUUUUCUCCUGUGAUUUUUGUCAAAGGUGUAGAAGAGACUAUAAAAUUAAUUUUAUAAUAUUUAAAAUAAUAUAAUAAUGCUGUAUUUUCCAAUAUUUCACAACCACAGAGUGAUGUAGUGUUUAACAGGAAUAAAGGACUGGUUCAGACAGAUAUAAACUCUUUAGCCCAAAAUAUAGCUAUUUUAGUUUUGCACUGAAGCUACGAGGACACUGCAGCUAACAGCUCAAGGAACGGGACGGGGUUCUGCCUAUCUCCAGUUUAGCAUCACGCCAGCGUCCCUUGAGAAACCGCCAUGGAACAGCAAAACCUUAACGAAACAUCACUUAUUAUCACUACAAUAAUUAUUAUUCAUUAUUACAUUACUUACUAUUCUUAUUCACUCGGUCAUUUCUGUCCUGUAUCUUCCUUUACAAGCACAAAUUUCACAAAAUCAUUUUAAAACAUGAUGAAAUGUGAGAGAAAGUGGUGGGAUGUGGAAUGUUCCUGUAAUGUUAAGCCUCGCUGAUCGCUCCAUGCUGGAAAACAUGGACCUUUUAUUUAUUUAUUUUUAAUCUGAAUGUAUCACCACAUUAUUGUUUUUCUGUACCAUCAUCGUGUGUUGUGUCAAAAGCAUGUGCUGUACAAAAGCCCGCGUUAAAAUGCAGAUUCAUGGUUUUUUAACGCAAACUUCUGAAUGUUUAUUCCAUCCACAGUGAUCAUGUCGAUUUUUAUCCAAAAGAAACAAAAUAAAACAAAAAACGGCCCACUUUUUUUGUGUGAUUGAUGGGUUGUGAAUAACACAAGU